UUAUUUCCGGUUUUAUUUUUCCUAAUCCAAAAUAAAUAAUUACCAAGAUUUAGGUUUAUGCAAUGAAAUGCAAUGGAAAAAUAUCACUUCAUAUGCAGCAAUACUCAUUCUCUUGUAAACUUACCUUCCAUUGUCAUUUUGAUAUAGGCAGCACUCAAUAAGAUGGCUGCCCCCAUAGAAUAUUGGAAAGGAUUACUGUUCAUACUAAAGAUACAGACAACAGAAAGUUGAUUAGUUUGAAUUCACUGGUUAUGAGAUUUAUUAAGAAUGGAUGAAGUAAUCAGUGUUUCUGUUCCUGGAUAUAAAGAUCAAGUAUUUCACUCACUGCAUCAGUUACAACAAAGGGGAGUUAACUGUGAUGUAACUCUCCAAGCAUGUGAUGGCAUUGCAAAUCUUCACAGUAUCAUCUUGGAGGCUAACAGUGAAUCACAUUCCAACCCUCAUGGAUUCAACAAAACAGAUAGGCAUCAAAUUGACUGUACAAAUUACAGCAUUCAAGUAGUUGAAGCAGUGGUCAUAUGUUUAUAUACUGGUGAAAUAAUUAUAGAGGAAAAAAAUAUCUCAGAUCUGAUUGAAGUGUGUGAAGAUUUAGAUCUUAAUCAAAUAUGUCAAACUUUAAAACAGCACCAUAAAACUUUACCGAAACCUGUAGAAUCAUAUCCACAAUUUGACAACAGACAGAAUGAGUCAUCACGGUUCAUUGACAAUGAUGAGGACGAGAACGGUGAUGAUGGUGAUAGUGAUAAUGGCGCUGAUGGUGACAGUGAUAAUGGCGCUGAUGAUGAGGAUGAGGGUGAUGAUGCUGAUGAACAAAGGUUUAAAAUGUCUGCAACACGUUCAGACCCAGAUGAUGUAUUGGGUAAAGAAAUAGUGAAUGAAGGAGAACAUUUGUAUCUUAAAAUUACCAACACACCAAUUACAUGUAAAUCUGAAAAUGAUAGUGAUCAUGAAAACCAAAACAGAAAUGAUAUUUCUGAUGAUGAAGAUAGCAUUGAUACUAAACCUUGUGAGAAAGAACUUUCUGAUAAUAACAAUUUGAAGCAGGCUGUUACAGAGGAUAUAACCAUUCAAAAAGAUUCUGGCAUUCAUGAAUCUGUGAAUGUCUCUAACUCCUUGAACAAACAAGGAAAUAAUAGUAAUACUUCUUCUUUUGUGAAAAUUAGAAAAAGGACUAAAAAAGAAUAUGUUGAUACUAAAGAGUCUGAAAAGUCAGCCACAGAAGUUUCAAUUAAUCAGGGGAAAACAAAAUAUUCUAGUAGAGUGUCUUCUUUAAAAAGUACACAAAAGAAUGUUAGUAGAAGAGGAACCAAACGCUCUUAUAAAUCAAAUAUAAAAAGUGAAGGAACAGUUUCUUCAAAUAAAAGGUUAAAGCAAACAAAGAGCUUAAAGAAACAAAAACCUGCAAAUAAAACAAAAAAAGCCGAAAAAAUAAAUCGUAAAGUUUUAAAAAAGAAAGAAAAGGAAACAUCAGACGAUGAAGAUGGUGAGGAAAAGGAUGAAGAUUUUGGUCUGGACUCUGAUCUGACAAGUACUAAAAAGGAGUGGAAAUGUGUUCAGUGUAAUUUAGUUUUCCCAUCAUAUGCAAAACGUGGAGAUCAUUUGAGAGAAGUUCAUAAGCCUUACCCUUGUGAACUGUGUGAAUGGAUUGGGAUACAACCCCACCUAUAUGCCUCACAUAUGUAUGGACAACACAAAGUGGUCAUUUUUCCAAAGAAAUAUCCAUUGGUUGUAUGUGACGUUGAGGGAUGUUCACACAAAUGUUUAAAUAUAAAUUUAUACAACCAUAAAAAAUGUCAUCGCUAUAAAACUGACAAGUUAGUAUGCCAUGUUUGUGGAAUGGAGUUUACAUCAGAAGGAGGCUUGAGAGCUCACUCAUCUCACCAUAAAGAAGAGGAAAUGAAGUUUAAAUGUAAAGAAUGUGGUAAAGUGUUUGGAUGGAAACAUGAACUUACGAAACAUCUGAAUGCUGAACAUAAAAGUUAUAGACUUUGUCAUAAAUGUCCAUUCAAGUCCAAAGUUCAGAUGACAUUGUCCAUUCAUCUACAUAAUGUACAUGGAGAAGCUAUCCCUUCUAAUAUGAAAAAAUACCAGUGUGAUUUGUGUGACUUCUACUGUUUCUAUCCUAGUUAUUUAAAAAAUCAUAAACAAGAAAAUCAUUCAGAAGAUCUGAACUUCAAGUGCAGUGAUUGUCCAAAGAAAUUUAAAACAAAUAAGUCAUUAUAUAGUCAUAGAAUUGCCUCUCACAGCAAUGAGGUAUUUCGAUGUGACAAGUGUAGUUACACAACAAGGUCAAGAAGAACACUUAGAACACAUGAACAGUGUACACAUUCUGAGGCUCGUCCAUUCUCAUGUCAUAUUUGUGAAUACAGCUGCAAGUUGAAGGGAAAUUUAAACAGCCAUAUGAAAAAUAUUCAUAAAUUAGAAAUAAUUUCAACUCAUAAACUACGUGAAAAAAUGAUAAAGACAGGAAAAGGUUAUAAUGAAUACAUGAGUGCUAGAAGGAAUUUCAUAGAUUCAGAAAAGAGUUCUUCAGAUCUAUCUGUGCAGACUAGACCAAUAAGUGAAAAAACAAUUACAACUGAGAAAAGUUAUAAUGAAUAUAGUGGGGAGAGAAUGAAUUAUAUAGAUUCAGAAAGAAUGCCAUCCAAUUUAACAUUACAGAAUAGACCAAUCGGUGAGAGUUACAAUGAACACAUACCUGUACAUGUAUCUGAAGAAAGACAUGUACAAAUGGGAGAUAAUUUAGAAAAAUAUCAAGAGUUAUUGAACUUUGUUGGGAAUUGUAACAUACCAUUAUCAUACUCGUAAACGAGUGCCGCUUAAUUGCAGACAUAUUUUAUUGAUGAAAUUAGAGUAAGAAGGGAAAAGGGGAAUAUGUCAAAACAUAUUUUAAGAAAGUCAAACCAUGUGUGUCGAGUAUUUUUUGAUUGAUCAUUAUGUGUUUUUAUUAGGAUUUCUUAUUAGAUCAAAGCACAUGACAGAACUGAUCAAAUCCUAUUUAUAAUCACACAGUCACUUUGUUCAUUGACAAAUUAUAAAUGGUGAAUUUCAAGUCAAAUGAUAAUUAUACCAAAUACAAAAACAAGGUCAAACUUACCAAUUAUAAUUUAAAAAGAAAACCCUGAUCACACACAUUUGUUUAACUUAUUUUAGCCAUCAAACAUGCAAAAGGUUGAUGUUUAAGUAAUUCUUAUUAUCGCUAUUUUGUGCAUUUUUCGUUUGAUCUUUUUUUGUGAUAAUUUUCAUAUCAUGCUGCUCGCUUGAGAUGGAAUAAUUAUCACUAGAAACUAAGGAGGCCACGUGGCGUUGCUAACGAAAUUGACAUGAACAUGAUGAAAUUGACAACGUCGUCAUAGGUAAAAUAGCGAUAAAUAGAUUAUCAUUGGUCAUCUCAACUCGCUUGCUUUUCUCACUUUCGCUGUACCAGCUCAAGCGAGAAAAAUCAAUCUCGUUGAGAUGAUCAACGAUAAUCUAUAAUUAUAGAUUUGAAAAUUUUAGUGCCAUUUAUUUUUUUAA